GUGGCUGGAGAGUGAGUGGAGUGAGCCUGCCCCCCAACAACACGUGGGCUGGGAGCAUCCGUGAAAACUCCUGGGAUCCAGUUCAUCCCUGAAAUAUUUCGAGUGUUCAGCCAUGGAAUAUUUGCCCAGUGUGGCCCCCAUUGGGCCCGAGCAGCAUAAAAUUUUAUGUUGUCAAUGUGGCGUGCCGAUUUUACCCAAUCCGAGUUCAACGUGCGUACAAUGUUUGCGCACGCAAGUGGAUCUGUCCGCCGAUAUCCCCAAAUCGAUCAUCUUGCAGUUUUGCAAGUUUUGCGAGCGCUACCUCAACCCGCCCAAUCAGUGGGUGGUGGCUGGACUGGAAUCCCGCGAACUCAUGGCCUUGUGUCUGAAGAAGAUUAAAAACCUGGCCAAAGUCCGCCUAGUGGACGCCAGCUUUAUCUGGACCGAACCUCACUCCAAGCGACUCAAGAUCAAGUUGACCAUCCAGGGCGAGAUUGACGGAGGCACAAUCCUCCAACAAACUUUCGUGGUGGAGUACGUGAUCCAUUUCCAAAUGUGCGACGACUGCCGUCGAGUCGAGGCCAAGGACACGUGGAAUUCGAGCGUUCAAUUGCGACAGAAAAGCGAUCAGAAGAAAACCUUGUACUACCUGGAGCAGCUCCUCAUGAAGUACGAUGCCACCCGAGAUUGCUCCGGCAUCAAAGCUAGUCCUGAUGGUCUGGAUUUCUUCUUUUCAUCGGAAUCGAGUGCUCGGAAACUGACCGAGUUCCUCACGAGUAUGAUCCCCAUUCGGAGCCAAUCGGCCAAGAAGCUGAUAUCCCAUGAUGCCAAAAGUAACAUCUACAAUUACAAGUACACCACGUGUGUGGAAGUGGUGCCCAUUUGUAAGGACAACAUCGUGUGUCUGCCCCCGGCCUUGGCCCACUCUUUGGGCGGGAUUGGACAGAUUUGCGUGGUGUACAAAGUGUCACACCUGCUCCACCUCAUCGAUCCCAACACCGGCCAAUUCGCCGAGAUGAACGCGGCGAGUUAUUUCAAAAACCCAUUCUUGAGCUUGAUCCGGCCCCGAAAUCUGGUCGAGUACACGGUCAUCAAUGUGGAAAUCAUUCGUGAGCACGAGCGAAGGAAAUUCAGUGGACAGGGCCAAGUCUCGAAAAAGCAUAUCCUGGCCGAUGUGUGGGUGACAAAAUCUUCGGAACUCGGGAUGAAUGAUGACACCGUUCAUUGUCGAAGUCACCUGGGCCAUUUGCUUCAAGUGGGUGAUGCGGUCAUGGGCUUCGAUCUGAAGAAUAGCAACGUGAACGACAAGUAUCUGGAGAAGAUCCAUGCCGACCGUCUGCCAGAUGUGGUCUUGGUCAAGAAGGUGUUCGGCGACAAAUCCCUUCGGAACCGUAAACGCAAAUGGCGCUUGAAGCACAUGGAGGGACUCCACCAAGACACGGCCUCUCAGAACGAGGAGUACUGCACGUUCCUCGAGGACCUGGAGGAGGAUCCCGACCUUCGUCGUAACGUCAACGUCUACAAGGACAUACGGAAAGUGACCGUGGACGAGACGGACUCCGAGAGUGGCGAUGUGCCCAAGAUCAGUCUGGCCGAGAUGCUCGAUGAGAUGACCUUAACGCCCGUGGGGGAUGACGCCACGGGAGGCGACGGCGCCCAAAUGGAUGAAUGAGAUCAAAGUUGAUCAGAGGUGGUUUUUAUUUGUGGGUUGUAAGCCAAGGGGGGCAUAUGAAAUGAAUAAAAGAAGAAAUGCUUUA